AUGGCUGCUGAUCUUGCGACUCGCUUUAACGCCGUGGUGGAGGAGGUCCGCAAUGGCCCGGCUGUGGAGGCCUCGGACGACGACAAGCUCGUGCUGUACGGGCUGUUCAAGCAGGCUACUGUCGGCGACGCUGACCCCAAGGACAAGCCUGGCAUGCUCCAGGCGUACUCGGCCAAGGGCUACAAGUGGUCGGCGUGGAACAAGAACAAGGGCAUGUCCAAGGACGACGCCAUGCAGGCCUACAUCGACAAGGUCGAGGCUAUGCGUGCCUAA